AAAAAGAAUAAUCAUUCCGCUUUAUCCCUUCCCAAUUAUUACAAUCCUUUCCAUUUCAUAAUUCUAGUUUUCCCUAUUCCUUUUUCACCUAUUCCUAUCCUUCCCCAAACACACCGUUGAGUUUGAGGGUGUUAUGUGACUAUUGCAAUUGGACGAGGACAUCAGAGUAUGAUUCCCCGUCGACGACGAAGCGCCACUGAGUUGGAUGAUUCAUUUUCCAUUUCGAAUACGAUUCGGGAACCCUAAAAGCCUGCUAAAUCCCCUUCCAAAUCGUCUUCAAUCCAAGCUUUUUAAUAACCUAGCAAUGGCGGAUGUUCUUCCCAGUUCCAGAAGACCCGUUUGUCCAUCCUGCUCGAAACCGGCCCGUAUCUGUCUCUGUUCGCGGUUCCGUAGCCCCAGUCUCGAGAACUCAGUCGGGAUAAUCAUUCUUCAGCACAGUUCAGAGAAAAACCAUCCGCUUAAUUCUGCUAGAAUCGCAAAAUUAGGUCUCAAGAAUGUCGAUAUCGCCACCGUUUCCGACGUUAAUUUCGAGGCUCACUUUACUAUUCGGUUGCCUGAACCUAAUUCCGCUGCACAAAAUCUUGAUCCUGAUGCAGAAUGUAGUUUCAGAAAUGGUCAUAAUGCGACUCAAAAGUCUCAAAUUCAGGAUGAGUCUAUUGUGGAUAAACUUAACAGCACAAAAGCUAACAAAGGAGCUGCAAUUUCUGCUACGAUUGGGAAAUAUGGCGUCGUUAACUCAUUCGAUCACAUCUGGAUGCAACAACCGGGUUUUCAGGAGCUUAAAAUCAAUGAGGUUUUGGCAUCUCCAGAAAUUAGGGCAUCAUUAGCAAAAGGGUUCAUCGUGAAGAAACUGCAGAAGCGGAAGCUAGUUGAAAGCAAGGGGCUAGAAGAAUAUGCUGAGUUCGAGAUUCAGGUUCCUCCCAAGUCAGUUCUACUUUUUCCCUCUGAAAAUGCAUUUACUGUAAGUGGUGGUGUUGAUGGUAGUGAUUUUUAUAUUAAUCAUUUGAUAGUUUUAGACGGAACAUGGGCAAAAGCAAAGAGAAUGUACAAUGAAAAUCCUUGGUUGAGGCUUUUGCCACAUAUGAAGUUGGAUUUAGAGAUGAUGAGCUUGUAUAGUGAAGUGAGACAUCAGCCUAAGAUUGGGUUUUUGUCCACCAUUGAAAGCAUUGUCUAUGCCUUGAAGCUAAUAGGAGAUCACCCUGAGGGGCUGGAUGAUUUGUUGGAUGUUUUUGAGUCUAUGAUAGGAGAUCAAAGGAAAUGCAAAGAUGAGAGGCUGAAAAUUACUUGUCAACGUUAAGCUUUUCCACCCUAAUGAAAAUGUGAAAUCAUUAAUUUUAGUUCUCCAUGUAUAUCGACUGACUAGAUGCAAGAAGGCAGAAAAAUGAGCUUACUCACCAAAUGUUUCUAAUCUUGAUGCAGUUAUUUAAGGGUAUUAGUUAUUGAUUAGUUAACUACAAAAUGACCCAUGUUAAUACGCUACUUGUUAUGGUUUAUUGUUAUUCAAGUGAAAUGUAUAUAAAUGCAAAGUUCUACUGA